AUGGAGGCUCAAGUCCCAGCUCUGCGAAGAGCUGCAGAGAUAGGAACCCUCUAUGAUGCAAAGGAAGAUCGCUUCCUCAGUGCUUCAGUAUUUCCUCGAGGCUUACCGGAGAAUCAUGUGUCAACAAAGCCAACCCCGGGUACGGAAAUCACAGUUUCCAGCUGCGCUUCAUAUGGAAAUGUGUUCAAAGAUCUUCAUAUAGACGAAACUACUGCAGUCAAUAUCCUCUCCGGUACUGUUGAUCUCCAAGGAGCCUCCGUCUUUCUCAGAGACUUCGAAAUAGGAGGAACCGUGCGUGCUGCCGUCAUUCAUCGACUCUCUACCGUACAGCAGGCCCUCGUCAACUUGGGCGACACCUUCAAGUCGACUGGUGACUUGGCCGCUUUGAGAACCCAAGACUUCACGCACUUUGUGAUUGGCAUCACAUGGGGCUUGCAGACUAUUGUUGCCGCCAGUUGUUCUACGCCAAGCAAAGCACGCUCUUCUGAAGCUGAAGAGGCGACCUUCAAUAGGGAUCUGGAGGUUUUGACAUCUUCCAUUGAGUCAGCCUCCCUUACGCCGCAGACGCCUUCUCCUAGGCUGAUCCCUCAAUUGGAGCUCUGCAAUGAGUUCAUCAUCUACAGCGAUGUGUUUGAACAGGAGGGCCUACCGAUGCAAAGUGUAUCGGAAAUAUGCGACUUCAUUCGCAUUGUACCCGACCAUACUCGACAAGCGAACAGCGGCAGGGGAUGGCCAGUCGCAUAUACCUUGAUGCCUGUCACGACGCUUGGAUUUAUCAUGUCUCUGCCACUUGAGCUUCAUCACAGCUUGACGUCCAUCAGACCCGAUUAUCUCGCCAACUUCAUCCAGGUCUAUGAUGAUAUCGAAGCUUCCGCAGCCAAGCUUCGCAAGUAUCAUACCUACUUGGCUGGCCACAUUCUACAUGUAGCCAAAACUCACGUCGACGAAGUUUUGGACUCGAUUAAGCAUCUGGAAGAUAGCAAGAGCUGGCUGACGAGUGAACUUUUCCACCGCCUGUUGGACGUACGACAGAGCAAGCGGGAUCCCUCAAUUCUCCUUGACCUCUAUCGCCAUGUGGCCUUUAGAGAGUCCACACCAAAGCAACUCUCUGCCCUUGCUGGACAGGAGACUGGAAAGCUCGAGUUCAUUGCGAGCGCCAUCUCUCAGGGGGCAAAGUACAUUGGCUACAAUGAUCUCUCUCUCGAAAAGAUUCAAGAGGCUUUCAAAGACGCUCAUUUUUACGUCUUCCAUUUCGAUUCUGGCUCCAUGAUGGACGAUCAAAAUUGGAGUGACAACUUGGUCUUGUUGCUUGAGCUACUUGGGCAGCGAGAUGAGCGCAUGCCCGUCUUCAUCAUGGACCACGACGCGACAGCCUCCAAUGAACAUCCCGGCAUCUCACGGAUUUCGCAGUACAAGGGCAACAAAGAAUGUAGGGCUGAUAUGCUGGAGUACCGCCAGUUUCUCUCCCAGAAAUGCUUCGCUCGGUGUUCGGAUGGGGCCCUCGAUACGAAUGAGCGUCAACGACCCGUCAAACGACGCUUCGUCAAGAUCCCCUGUCCGAGACCAGGAUGCGAUGCCGACCAUUCUUAUGAAUGGGCUUGUCCACGAUGCUUUGCGACAAUUGAGUAUGGAUUCAGCGAUGACUACUUUUACUGCGAGUGUGGCCGUGGGCUUUUCAGCAGCUACGAGUUCAAGUGCAAUGAUGCAAAGCACAACUCUGACUUUGUGGCUUAUGAUGUGGAACAGCUACGAAAACUCUUGGACAAAUUGGAUCAGGCGAACUAUAUCAAUAUCCUCAUUCUGGGAGAGACUGGGGUGGGCAAGUCGACUUUCAUCAACGCCUUUGUCAACUACCUGUCUUAUUCUACGCUGGACGAGGCCAAGGAUGCUGACUCGCUCGCUUCUGUCAUUCCUUGCUCGUUCUCUCUCCAGACGAUGAACAGGGACAAUCCAGAACUGGGCAUUCAGGAGUUCAACGUCAAAGUGGGUGGACGUGACGAUGAGGUUGACGGGUCAACGGGAAACUCGGCAACGCAAAAGUCGGCCGUGUAUCCCGUCACGAUUGGAGCAAAGACGUAUCGCUUGAUCGACACUCCAGGCAUUGGGGAUACCAGAGGUUUGUCUUACGAUAAGGAGAACAUGGCCGAUAUACUCAAGACCAUCAGCUCCUAUGACAGCCUGCAUGGCAUUCUGGUCCUUGUCAAGUCGAACAACGCACGCCUGACCGUCACGUUCAGAUUCUGUGUCAAGGAGCUUCUUACUCAUCUACACCGGAGUGCCACCAAGAACAUGGCUUUUGGAUUUACCAAUACUCGAAUCUCGAACUAUGCCCCGGGCGAUACGUUCAAGCCGCUGAAGGCUCUUCUUGAUGGGCAGUCGGAUAUCCCCAUCACUCUCUCGACGUCCACAACGUAUUGCUUUGACUCGGAGAGCUUCCGCUAUCUCGCUGCUUUUAAGCAAGGCAUACCAAUGAAUAACGAGGAGGAGUAUCGUCGAAGCUGGGAUCACUCAAGCAAGGAGGCCCAUAGGCUCCUCAACUACUUUGCCUCUACUCAGCCUCAUCCUGUCAGCAGCACACUGAGCUUAAACGGGGCGCGCAAGCUGAUCCUCGAGCUGACAAAGCCCAUGGCCAGCAUCUCGGACUCUAUCAGGAAAAAUAUCAAGUUGUGCGAAGACAAGAAGCUGGAGUUGAAUGACACGCAACUCACGGCGGACAAGCUGCGCAAAAGAUUGCGUUUGGAGAGGAUCCAGUUCAAGGCCAUUAAGUUGAACAUGCCUCGUACGGUCUGCAAGAACCCAGACUGCUGCGAUUUCAAAGACAGCGGUCUUGAUGAUGGAGUCGUCGUUACGAUAUACAAGACGCACUGCCACGCCGAGUGCUAUCUUAAUAAUGUCACGGAAGACGUUGUCGCUGACCCUGGCCUCAUGGGUUGUGCAGCUUUCGCUGGCAGAGAUACUUGUCACGUCUGCCAGCACAGAUGGCAAGAGCAUCUACAUGUCCUCUACGAGCUCUCUGAGAGCAAAGCUCAGGUCAUUGACAAGGAGAUAGAGAGGCAGCUCAAGGCCAAUGCAGAUGAUGUAACUUUGCGCCAGCUGGCGAUUGCUAGACUUGACCGGGACAUUGACGAGUUCAACAAAGAGUUGGAUGAGAUUCGUCGUGCCUCUGCCCGAUUCUGUUUGUUUCUGAGGGAGAACGCCAUCACCGUCAUCAAUGAUGCCACUUUGGACUAUCUGGACAUGCUCAUUCAGGACGAGCAGGGCGUCAUUGAGGCCGGAAGACAGCGAGGCUUUGCUGUUGACGCGAACAUAAAGCGUCUUCAGGCAUUGAAGGAUGACAGACAGAUUCACCUUGAACUCGUUGAGACCUUCAAGCAGAACAUGGCUCGUCCUACCUGUCCCGAGGACAUGCUGCUCGACGAGCAAGGAGUCGAUGCCCUCGUCAAGAAGCUGUACGAUCUGAAGCAUUUCGGCGCCAACUUGAAACACAUCAAGUAUGUCAUUGACUCCUCCAUUGAAGAGACCUACCGUGAGCGGCCAUAUCGCGUGCGAAAUGUCGGCUUUCGCAAGCAAGGCGGAGGUGGCCGGACGUUGCGCCAUACGAGCCAAGGAGGAGCACCGCAGAGGUUGAACGAGGGCAAUUCUCAUCAGCCAUAUGCUUUGGGAAACAGGGGCACUGUGAUGAGAGUUGGAGAAGAUGGCCAUCGGCCGCAUUCUUAUGCGGACGCUACAAAGUCGCGUAUUGAUCACUUCAAGUCGUUCUUUAAGGGAGGCUCCGGACGACUAUGGGUGAUGUAG